AUGACAAGUGGCGCUGUGACACAUGUGAUCAUGCCUGUCGAAGAUUUAUCUGACGAAGGUCUUCCUAAAGUGCCAAAUCUCGAUUUGGCUCAAUUGAAAUUUUUGAUUACACUUCAGCCCAAUGAUAAAUCCUUGAAGGAAAAGCUGUUAAGCGAAAUUAAAGCAAAUAAUAUGACACCAUUCUACCUCGAAUGCGUCAAAGAUGGUCAAUUAUCUUCAGAUGAAAAGUUAAUUCAAACAAUGCGCCAAGCCAAUGACGAGAAAUUCAAGGAAUUAGAUAGUAAAAUUGAAGAGAACGAAAAAGCGUUCGGUGAUAGUGAAAUUCGGGAAAGUUUUCUUGCUAAAUCUCAAUAUUUAUGCUCGAUUGCCGAUCAUGAACAAGCAUUAACAUGGUUGAGAAAAACUUACGACAAAACGGUUACUUUAGGUCAUCGUUUGGAUUUAAUCUUUUAUCAAUUACGUUUAGGUUUAUUUUACAUGGAUCAAGAUUUAAUCGAAAGAAAUUUAGAGAAAGCCAAAACAUUAGUUGAUGAAGGUGGUGACUGGGAUCGACGUAACCGAAUGAAAGUUUACCAAGGUUUACGCGCGAUGUCCAUCCGCGAUUUCAAAUCUGCGGCUGAAUUAUUUUUGGAUACCGUGGCGACAUUCACAUCCUAUGAAUUAAUGGAUUAUCAGGCGUUUGUUACUUAUACGGUCAUCUGCGCUCUUGUCGCUUUAGAAAGGCCAAAAUUACGCGAGAAAGUUAUUCGUGGAAGUGAAAUAUUAGAAAUCCUCCAUGGUUUACCGUUAAUUAAAGAAUAUUUAUUUUCACUUUACGAAUGCCGCUAUGCGGAUUUCUUCCGUUGCUUAGCGACCAUCGAAGAAAACUUAUUAAGCAAAGAUCGUUACUUUGCUCCGCAUGCGUCGUACUAUGUUCGAGAAAUGCGUAUCAUUGCUUAUAAUCAAUUGUUACAAUCGUAUUCGUCGUUAACCUUAAAAGGUAUGGCGCAAGCGUUUGGCUGUUCGGAAAGUUUUCUCGACAAAGAAUUAUCCCGAUUUAUCGCCAGCGGUCGGCUCAAUUGUAAAAUUGAUAAAGUUCGGGGUAUUAUCGAAACGACCAGACCCGAUUCAAAGAAUUUCCUGUAUCAAGAAGUGAUCAAAAAGGGCGAUUUGUUACUCAAUCGAGUGCAAAAGUUAAGUCGAGUCAUCAACAUUUAA